AUGGGCCGUCCCGCCGCCGCCGCCGCGCUGCUCUGCCAGCUGGGGCUCUCCGCGGCCAUCCAGUGGCUCGGGCUGACAAAGAGCGGCAGCGGGGUGGCCUGGAACGAAAGCCAGCACUGCCGGCUGCUCGCCGGGCUGGUCCCCGACCAGCUCCAGAUGUGCAGGAGGAACCUGGAGGUGAUGCACAGCAUCCUCCGGGCUGCCCGGCAGGCCGAGGCCGUCUGCCAGAAAACCUUCAGGGAGAUGAGGUGGAACUGCUCCUCCAUCCAGCGUGCCCCCAGCUUUGGCCCUGACCUGCUGAAAGGAACGCGGGAAUCCGCCUUUGCCCACGCCCUGGCUGCCGCCGCCGUCUCCCUCUCCAUCUCCCGAGCCUGCACCUCGGGAGAAAUCCCGCUCUGCUCCUGCGGUUCCGUCCCCUCCGAGGUCCCCGGGCCGGCUUUCCGAUGGGGUGGCUGCGGGGACAACCUGAGCUACGGGCUCCAGCUCGGCGCUGCCUUCGCCGACAGCCCCUUCAAGUCCAGCAGGCGGGGGACGCGGGCGCUCCGAGCCGUGCACCUGCACAACAACGCGGUGGGGCGGCAGGUGCUGAGCGACUCCCUGCACACCAAGUGCAAGUGCCACGGUGUUUCGGGCUCCUGCUCAGUGAAGACCUGUUGGAAGGGACUGGCAAACCUGGAUGAAAUUGCCUCCGACCUCAAGUCCAAGUACCUGGCAGCCAUCAGGGUGACCCACCGGCUCAUCGGGCCCAGGAAGCAGCUGAUACCCAAAGAAGUGGAGGUCAGGCCAGUGACAGAGACAGAUCUGGUUUAUCUCAUCAACUCUCCCGACUACUGCACCCCAAAUCCCCACCUGGGCUCUCUGGGGACACAGGACAGGCAGUGCAACAAGACCUCCCCGGGCAGUGACAGCUGCAACCUGAUGUGCUGUGGCCGUGGGUACAACACCUACACAGAGGAGCUGCAGGAGAGGUGUCACUGCAAGUACCACUGGUGCUGCCACGUGGUGUGCAAGAAGUGUCGGCGGAAGGUGGAGAGAUACGUCUGCAAGUAACCCCAGGGCUCUUGCUUUGCCAGGGAAGGCCUCAAACUGGAAGCUGCUGGGAAGCCUGGGGACCGACCUCUGCUUCAUCUCUCUCCAGAGCAAGACAAAGGGCUGCCCUCCUGCAGCUGGUGGGGUGUCCAGGCCUCUGUCUCCAGCUGGGA